AUGACUUUGUGUUUCAUGGAACUCUACACCAGAGGACAGGGAGGGGCUUCCUACUUGACUGUGUUCUACUGGCUGGUGAACCUGAAGUGGACGGUAGUGUUUCUGGGUAUCACCUACAUCCAGCAGUCAGUCCGCGCCAAGGAGAACAACGGGGGGCGCUACAGUGAGACGCACAUGGAGAACGUCAAGGUCCUGGCCAGGCUCUUUCCCCUGUACCUCUUGCAGAUACUGUACCGAGCCUGCAUCACUCAGAUUCCAUCAGGUUACUACAUUCAGACCAUGAACUCUAACCUGCACCUGAACAGCUUCCUCCUGCCCAUCGGUGCCAUGAACGUCAUCAGCAUCCCACGUCUGCUGCUGCUGGCCCCUCUCAUGGAGUGUGUCACCUCCUGCUACCUGUCCAUGGAGAAAACACCCUUCUCCCCCGCCACUCUCUCAGUGCUGGGUCAUGUGUGUGCGGCCCAGUCUGUCCUGGUAGUGGGCCUGUCUCAGGUCCACAGGAAGGGCUAUCCUCUGACGGAGCAGGCACUGUCAGGGAAGGUGCUCCAGGUGUCCUCCAUGGCCUGCUUCCAGCUGGCUCCCCAGUACAUCCUACUGGGGCUGGCUGAGGCCCUCAUCACCCCUGCCUGCUCUGUGAUCUCCUUCCACCUGACACCCAGUCAUAUCAGAGGCAUCUCCCUGCACUUCCUCUCCCUGUGGAUAUACUGCUACAUAGAUGACUGGAAAUAG